AUGGGGGAAGUGUUUCCCGAGACAGGUUUUACGCCAUUACGACCGCUGGGACACGCAGAAAAGUAUUCAACGACACGGAGUCACUUGGGAAUCUAUCUCAACGUAGGUUUGACAGUCCGUUAUAAGCGACCAAGUGGAGUAACCGUGAAACCGGCUCUCUUUCACGCUUUGUCGAUGCUCAUAUCUAAACACCCUAUACUUUCUGCCAUUCCAUUUGCCGUUGAUACACCGAAUCCUUACUUUAUUCGACUUCCCAAGAUUGUACUGAGCGAGGUUGUGACGUUUGUGAAAGAUGAUUCGAGCUCGGAUUGGAUAGAGAUCCUCGAUGAGGUCAUUGAGGAGCAACAUAAUCGUCCUUUUGAUAUCCAGUUGAACAAGAAUCUUCCAUUCUGGAGAUUUUGCGUUCUGGAGAGCAAUCAAGAUCCCACACAUUUCAUUCUCGUGUUUGUGUUCCACCAUGCGCUUAUGGACACCAAAAGCGCUCUUUCAUUUCACGAGGAACUCGAAGAAUGCAUCGCUGAAUAUGCCGGACUGGAACCAAGUGACACAAUCUAUAGUCCAUCCCAUGCGCUUUUCCCUCCACUGGAGGAGUUACACACGCUCCCUGUUUCGCAGGAAUUUUUGCAAUCUCAAGAGAAGCACCACGAGCCAUCUCCCGAUAGCUGGACGGGUAGCCCCCAGGUUACCCCCGUGAAGACUCGCUUUUCCUCGUUAUGGCUAUCAGAGACUGAGACCAGGAGACUCGCUGCAGCAAGCAAGAAGAAGCAUACCUCCAUUACGGCAGCGCUUCAAACUUUGAUCACGGCGGGCCUUUUUUCUGUUCUUCCGUCAAAGUAUCGUACAAUGCAGGCCGAUUGUGCUGUGUCACUACGACGAUUCCUUCCGGAGCCCGUCACUGCUACUACUUUGGGUUGCUACGUCGGGUCGUUAUCCAUGACAUACCACAGGAUGCCGUCUUUCGACUGGGCCGAAGCCCGCCGCACUAAGGUGAACAUCGAGCAGGCUGUGGCAAAGAAAGGAGGCGAUAUGCCGGUUGGAUACUUGAAAUUCAUUCCAAACCAGCAUAUCUGGAUGCGACAAAAGUUGGGCCGGAAAAGAAUGAGCGGUUUUGAACUAUCCAACGUUGGGGCAAGUUCCGUUUCACGAGGGAAAAAGGAUUUCGAGAUUGAGAGUAUUUUGUUCAGCCAGAGCUCCAGUGCUUGCAGUGCCGCGAUCAAGGUCAGUGCUGUCACAGGGCCAGAUGGAAGAUUGGCAUUGGGCUUCACCUGGCAGGAGGGGAUUGUAGAGGCUGACAUGGUCGAGAAACUGAAAGGGGCUCUCAAAAGCGAGGUGGAAAGAUUAGCGAUUUCUGAGUAG